UAUCUCGCUUAAAUUUUUAAAUAAAAAAUACGUACGAAAAACGUAAAAGCGUAAUUAGGUAGUAUACAAGAAGCUCCAUUAAACCUCUACCGAAACUUGAAUUAUAUUACACGAAAUGCCCCGAUGUCGCUAAUGCUGUUUGUAGGGAAGUUUGCGAGAAUAGUAGCACAUAAGAACUAAUCACGCCCACCGUCAGCUGCCAGCCAAUAGGAGGUUCAAGCGAUUGUUUCCUUCAAACAUGAAAUAACAGUUCUUCAUUUUCUCAUUAUUUCUCCAUUUAGCUCGGAUCAGAACGCAUUUUGUGUGAGUUAUACUGGUAACGGGAAACAAUAAAAUAAUAACAAUGGACAGCAGCCAAGCUCCCAGACUGAACGGCUUUGUCAACGGUGACUAUCAAAACAGUAAAUAUGCUUUCGUGGCUACAGAAGAACAGUGCACCCAAUCCAGGUUAGGCAGUUUGAAAGACUUCUGGAGAAUGCAUAAGAAAUCCUUGGAAGAUCCUGAUACAUUCUGGGCAGAAGCGGCAGCUCCCUUUUACUGGAAAACCGCUAUUCCUUCCAAAAAUAUCGUCAAUUAUAAUAUAGAUGUCACCAAAGGUAAAGUGUUUAUAGAGUGGAUGAAAGGAGCAACCACUAACAUAUGCUACAACGCGUUGGACAGAAAUAUAGAACUUGGACAUGGAGAUCAGAUAGCAUUUUAUUGGGAAGGUAACGAUCCUGAAGAUUCCGACAAGAUUACCUACAGGGAACUACUUCGCCGAGUUUGUCGGUUUGCUAAUGUUCUCAAAAGUAAAGGUGUGCAGAAAGGUGAUAUGGUAGCUUUGUACAUGCCGAUGAUCAUAGAGCUUGUCAUAGCCAUGUUUGCUUGCGCUAGAAUAGGAGCCAUACAUUCCGUAGUAUUUGGUGGAUAUUCUUCCGAAUCCCUCGCUGAAAGAAUUCUGGAUGGAAAUUGUAAAAUACUAGUCACUGCUGAUGGUGUUUGGCGAGGAAAGAAGUUAGUGCACUUGAAAAAUAUUGUUGACAAAACACUAGACAUCUGCCGAAAAAGAAACCAUGAGAUGACGGCUACAAUAGUUGUGCAGCAUCAGAUGAACCUUCUAUCAACACAGAAACUCUUAAAGGGACAGCUAAAUGAGAACAGAAAGGUUAAUGGUUAUAAUAUAGAGGUGUCCUGGGACCCAGAAGUCGAUGUUUGGUGGCAUCUAGAAAUGGAACGAGCUUCCGAAAUCUGCGAACCCGUAUGGGUAGAUGCAGAACAUACUUUAUUUACAUUGUAUACGAGUGGCUCGACAGGUAAACCUAAAGGCUGCGUUCAUACGACAGGAGGGUACAUGGUGUACGGUGCUCUUACUUUCAAAUACGUAUUUGACUACUUUCCUGGAGACGUAUUCUUCUGCACCGGCGACAUUGGUUGGCUAACCGGACACACGUAUAUUGUAUACGGAUCUCUCCUAAAUACGGCAACUUGUAUAUUAUACGAAGGUGUACCCACUCAUCCCGAUGCUGGACGAUACUGGGCCAUCGUUGAAAAAUAUAAUGUAACACAAUUCUAUACAGCACCUACCGCUAUUCGAACUCUCAUGCGAUAUGAUGAUUCCUACGUUACUAGGCACAACAGGAGCUCUCUGAGAGUCUUAGCUUCAGUUGGCGAGCCUAUUAAUGAAGACGCCUGGUUCUGGUAUCACCAACUCGUUGGAGAAGGCCGAUGUCCCAUUGUAGAUACCUUCUGGCAAACAGAAACAGGUGGUCACUUGCUGACUCCAAUACCUUUCUGCACAGCUUUGAAGCCCGGUUGUGCGUCUCUUCCUUUCUUUGGUGUUGAACCUGCUAUUUUGGAUGAAGAUGGAGAAGAAAUCGAAGGUCCGGGUAAAGGAUAUUUGGCAAUCAAAAGGCCUUGGCCUGCUAUUAUGAGAACAGUCUAUGGAAACCACGAAAGAUUUGAAAACACAUAUUUUAGAAGAUUCCCUGGUUACUACUUCACAGGAGACGGUGGUCGCAGAGAUGAAGAUGGGUUUUACUGGGUAACAGGGCGAGUAGAUGAUAUGUUGAACGUAUCAGGCCAUCUGCUAUCUACUAUGGACGUCGAAGCUGCUCUAGUAGGGCACAAAUGCAUAGCCGAAACUGCCGUAGUUCCUCACCCUCAUCCUGUCAAAGGAGAAUGCCUCUACUGUUUUGUUGUUUUGAAAGACGGAUAUCAGUUUGAUGAGAAAUUGGUUCAAGAAUUACGACAACAAGUUGUUCAUCGAAUUGGUCCAUUUGCAAGCCCAGAGUACUUUCACCAUGCAACAUCAUUGCCAAAGACGAGAUCAGGAAAAACUGUUCGACGCAUAUUGCGAAAAAUAGCAACUAAUGAUAGGAACAUAGGAGACCUGAGCACCCUUACUGACGAAAAUGUGGUGCAAGAAUUGUUCGAAUCAAGAAAGUUUUUAAAGAGAAUUACUCGAACAGCGUAAAAUAUCUUAAAUGGAAUCUCUGAUGUCCUUAUGCAUUUUUGUAAUAAUAUAUACAAUUAACAACGACAUUUUAAAAAAUAUAUGUAUUUUUGUUCGGAGAGUUUUGAAAUCUAAUCCUUUAUAAAACAGAACUGUAAUAAAUGAUACGUUUUGAUAAGA